AGAAACCACUGGAUAAUUUAUAAGCCUCUCCCUCCUCACUCUUGUGUUUGUGUGUGAGAGAGGGGGGGUUUGCUGAGCUCACCACCAUGCUGGGUCCUGCUGCUGUCAGAGCAGCUGCUGUCUGGCUGCUGGCAGCAUCAGGCCUUGGCCUGUCGCAGCCAGAUGAGCACAGCUCAGAUCCAGGCUUCAGCCUCUGCAGCGACUGCUUCUACAGACAGACCCCUCCAAAGGGAGCCUCCGCGGGGCUGCAGCUGCGCCCUCGCUGCCACGAGCUGCCCGGGGGACAGGCGUUUGCCACACUGUCCAGACCGAUCUGUGACACAGCUGUUUACACUGCCUUCCAUCUCAGCCCUGGAUGGAUAGAGAAGGGAGAGGAGAAUGUGGCAGAGGAAGAAGUGGACAGUGUCAGAGUCCCAGCUCUUCUCAGAGGAGGCAGGGGUCCGUCUCAGCCUGGCACCCCCGCAGACUCCCCUCUUCAACACUGGGACUCGACAGUCACAGCACUGGUCCGGUCGAGCAUCAUUCCACAGUGCAGCUCUUCAGGGGGCGACGUCUACGUCCUGACAGGAGCCGGACGACUCGGGGCGGCCGAGGAUGGAGACGAGGAGUGUCAGAUGAAGCUGCUGUGGUCUGCAGUGUGCUGCACCCCUCCAGACGGGAAGGCUGGCUUCAGCAUGGGGCUCAUCAAAAAGACAGGGGAGGGUGAGAAGCGAGUGAGCAUGAAGGAGCUGGAGGAGGUGCUGGGGGUGGCAGAGCUGUUCUCUGAAGGCUGUGGAGGAAAAGAACAAGAGACAGCUGCAAUUAGUGAGAGUCUUCACAAUGAUGAGCUUUCUGCAAGCGUUGGAAACACUGAGGCAGAUACUGCAGACGCUAAUUCAGGAACUACAGAUCCAGACGUAGACAAAGCCACAAAGAAGAGCAGAGAAGCAUUAACAGCAGCCGAACAUGUGGCUGAAGUUGACGCUCGUUUGGAGAAAACUAAAGUUUCCGACGUAACAGAAGAAACCGCAGCAGAGACUUCUGUGAGCAGCGCUCGUCAACAGCCUGAUGUCCAUGAAACAGUCAGUGAGGAGGAGGACACAGACUCAAACUCCACACAUCCUCUGGUCUUCAUCCUAUCCACCACCAUGUCUAUUAUCACAGCUCCUCUGCGCCCUGUGUUCUCUACCAUCACAGAGUUACCUGCACAGGUGAGCUACGUUCUUCAGGAGGAUCUUGGAGUUCUUACCGCCCUGCCUGGAGACACCUACACUGUGUUCCACCUCCUCACCUCAGACCUCCUCUCCUGGGUGGGCUCAGCCACUGAAAUGCUGCUGGAUAUCGGGGAGAGCUGCUUCUCCAGUGCUUACUACUGCAGCUCCUCGAUGCUGGAGGCCCUGCUGAGCAGCUGCCACACGGGGGUCACAGGGAUGGGCACCCUGGCUGGGGACACGAUGGGAUUAUGUGGGGAUGUUCUGGAUAAUACCUGGUCGGUCACCAGGUUCUUUGGAGGACAGCUGUGGGAGCAAACUGAGGGUUUUGUGGGAACGGUGAUGUCAGAGAUGGGGGGUCAAGCUCAAGCUGUUGGCGGAGGGUUGGGAAAGCUAGCAUGGAGAAGCAAAAAUGGUGUGGGAAAUGUGUUCAGGCUGGGAGGGGGGUUAAUAAUGGGGAUGGUGGAUGUGGUCGUCGGUGGAGUAAAAGAGGCCUUUGGUCGAGAGUCAGAAUGA